ACCCUUUGGUUUUAACAAUUUAUAAAUAUUUAAUUUUGUAAUUCCGAUUUUUUUUUCUUAGCAAAAUGUCAGCUGGAAUUUCAAAAGAACACCUGGAACAAACAUUAAAAGAGAAACUUUCGGCGGACCAUGUAGAAGUUAUUGAUACUUCUGGUGGGUGUGGACAAAAUUAUGAUGUAGUUAUUGUUUCUUCAGUAUUUGAAGGUAAAACUCUUUUGCAAAAACAUCGAUUAGUAAAUGAUGCUGCAAAAGCCGAGAUUUCACAAUUACAUGCUUUUUCACAGAAAACUUACACACCAGCACAAUGGGCCGAACUAACAAAUAAAAAAUGACCAAAUAAAUAAGAAAUAGCGAUUCUGCAAUUUUUUAUGUUAUAUUGUAUAUUGGCCAAUAAGUUCCUAAAAUAUAAAUAAAAAUUAUUAGAUGUUUUUUUUUC